AUGACAGAAAUAUUUGGUCCUGUUAUUGUCGGGUACAGCCUCGCGCUCUGCGUCGUUGCGGCUUUUAUAGUCAACACUUUUCUUGCAUAUAACAGACUCAAGCAUAUCAAGGGCCCGUGGUUGGCGAGCCUGUCGAGGCUAUGGUUGGUCAAAAGCACCAUACGACGAAGUAUCUACUCAGAUCUAGCUGAUAUUUGUAAAAAAUACGGCCCUCUUGCUCGCAUCGCGCCCAAUGACCUCGUUACAAACGACCCUGAAAUCAUAAGGCGUAUGGGGGCCGCCCGUUCGCCCUAUUCAAAGUCUCAGUGGUACGCCGCAACGGCAAUUUCCCAUCAGAUAGACCAUAUCUUCUCCGAGACCAAUGAGCGUCGGCACACAGAGCGUCGUGCCAUGAUGGUAGCAGGUUACUCCGGCAGAGACCUCCCCUAUCUUGAGGAGUGCGUUGACAACCGCCUGGGCGACUUCUUCAAGCUGAUCGAAGACAAAUACACCUCUGCGGGCUCCACUCUUCGGCCGGUGGACUUCGCGCAGAAAGCGCAGUACUUUGGUAUCGACGUGAUUACCGAUAUCGCUUGCGGAGAACCGUUUGGGUUUCUACCUCAUGAUGCAGAUGUGCAUGGCUAUAUUGCCACUCAACUAGAGCUAAUACCGAUAUUCGAAUGGUUCGCUACGCUUCCGAUACUCAGCAGAAUCGUGAGGAUUCCUUUUAUCAGUAAAGCUGUGAUGCCUACGCCCCAGGAUAAGACUGGUGUAGGACGACUGAUGGGAGUGGCAAAGCGGACAGUUUCCAAAAGAUUCGGCCCAGAAAAGAUUACCGCAAAGGACAUGAUAGGUUCCUGGAUUCAGCAUGGGCUACCACAAGAACAAGUCGAGAUUGAAUCUGUUUUGCAAGUUAUAGCGGGGGCAGACUCCACCGUCACCGCUCUCCGAGCCAUAACAAUGUUCAUCAUCACACAUCCAGCCGUAUACAGUACUCUCCAGGCCGAACUCGAUCAGGCGUCCAUCUCCGAGUCAAUCAUCCGCGAGAGUGAACUGAAGGCACUCCCAUAUCUUCAGGCCUGCAUCAAAGAAGGUCUAAGGGUGCACCCGCCAGUGACAGCCCUGGCGACCAAGACCGUGACAAACGGUGGGGACACCUUGCGCGGUCAGUUCAUUCCCGGCGGGACGAAUAUCGUCUACGCUGCCUGGGAUUUCUACAAGGACCCAGAGGUAUUUGGCGAGGAUGCACCGAUUUUCCGUCCGGAACGGUGGUUAGAGGCCACGAGCGACCGCCUGUCCCGCAUGCAGCAAACGCUGGAUCUGAUUUUUGGGUAUGGAAGGUAUGGGUGUCUGGGGAAGCCUGUGGCGCUGCUUGAGAUCAACAAGUUCAUUGCAGAGAUCUUCCGCCGGUAUGAUAUUGUUCUCACCGAUCCUCUUAAUCCGUGGAAGAGUUAUAACAGGAAUGGCUUCUUCUUUCAGUCUGAGAUGUGGGUUCGCAUGUCAGAGCGCGAGCGCAAAGCACAGCACUAA